CAUGAUUCCGAAACUAUGGCCAUCUUGUAUUUUUUCCAUUCCGGGUAAAAAAACUGAUCACAAUUCUGCUCUGCACCCUGUCAACAUACCCUCUUCAACAAUCCCCUUGGAGCCGUUGGAUCAAAUUUACAAACCCCUUUUAUAUCUACACAGUAAACACACAAAAACAACAGCUGCAUUCAAGAAAACAAAAUAUGAGUUCAAGAAAAUUGCAAGAGAGUGAUGAAACAGCAAAUGUGAGAAGAUCAGCCAGGCUUCGACAGAGUCCAGUGGUCACCACUUAUGCCUCAGACUCUUCGGAAAGCCAAGAACAAGUCCCAAGAAAACAUCCCAUUGGAAGGUGCAGCAAGAAAAAGCUCAAGUCUUUUGCAUUUCAACAAGACCAGCAGCUCCAAGAACCCACCCUGGUCACUAAUGGUUGUGAAAUGGCACUUGGCGAAACUAGGGAUGGGAUACCGGUGGUGGAGAUUCCAUCUUCACCGGAGGAAGAAAAGCCAAAAUGUGACUUUCGUGUCCUGCGUAAACAUGCAUUGAAACCAAAGUCUCCAGAAGAAAUUUUACCAGAGGAUCGUCAACAUCUGGUGAAUGCAGCAUCUGUAUUAAAAUCUCAGUUGGUGGCUCGCCUCACAAGUUCUGCUGACAAUUUGAAGACUGAGGACAUGGUUAAUCUUGCUAGUAGGUGUUACAUUGCAUUGAGAGAAUUAGGAGAUGAUUAUAUAUCAUUUAGCAGUCAAGUUAAUAAACUAAUUACACAACACCAAGAGGUAGAAUCUGCUGCUAAAGAUAUUGAAAAUCAGAACGACGGGGACUUGAAGGCUCGUUAUAUUCAACAAGUGCAGUUUCUGUCUGAAGUGACUGAGAAGUUGUUCAGUCUUCAAGACAAAUUGUCUAGAUCUAAGACUCAGGCAGAACUUUUGAUGUUUAAAAAAGAGGAGCUGACAGCUCUGUUACUUAUGCUUACAGAGGAGUUGUCUGAGGAAGAAGAGAGAGUUAAGACUCUGACAGAAGAGCGGGAUCAAUUCAAAGAGUCCCAUUCUGAGAUCAAAUCUGGACUUGAAAAAUUGGGCGCAGAGAAGAAUGAGGCUUCUGUGGCAUUUAAGGCAAUCAAUGCACGUUAUAACACUGCCAAGGAAGAAUUUGAGAGGAUUUCUAAGCACUUGCUUUGCUCAAUAAGGAGGCCAUCUAGACCAUCGCUUGUUGGUUUUUCUCGCUCUAGUCAGGCUACCAAACCAUCAACCACUAGUUUCUUUGCUAAAUUGGCAACUCCACCUUCCACAGGUUUGUUCCAAACUAACAAACACACAGAAAAUCAGGCUUCUGCACCUGCAAUUGGUGCCUCUUUUUAAAUGACCUCCGCCUCACCAUCUUAAUCUUCUACACAGUCGCUCUAUAUGAAUGGAUCAACAAUUCUAUUGAGAUGCUUUACAUUCAGAGGAAGGCUUAAGGCAUUAAUGUUUUUGCUCAUCAACUUGGUUGACACACUUUGAAGAAAUUGCUGGGUUUUAAUCCUAUCCCAGAAGAAGAUACUUAAAAUUCAUUUACAGAAGUCUUCCAUGCUUAAGCUUCAUGCAAAAGUUGUGUUAGG